GCUUUGCUACUUCCAGAGUAAAAAAGCAAUGUCUACUGCCAAAAGCAAGACGAUCAAGCUUUUCUGUCCGUCGCUGUCGAAGCUCGUCCCGUUCGUCGCGUACGAGGACCACAGGCUCGACCUGGGCACCAUAGCUCGGACCUUCGGGCUCGACCCUGCGACCCUACGGCUCAACGGCCAUUUCGUCAGCAGGGGCGUCAAUCUCAUCUCCUCCGUCACCUGGAAGUCUCUCCUUUCCUUCUUCGAUAGCCGAGGAUUCUCGACCGGAACGAACGGUCGAGAUGCCGUGAUCGUCGACGGCAAGCUCUGCCGUCCUGAUAUUGCAAACGGAGGACUGCAUAACCCUUCCAACAACGGGAACGGGGACGAUCCUAAGACAACCGAGGAUGAUGGCGUUGGAAUCAAGAGAAAGCCACAGUCAGAAGAUGUCAAAUUCCUCAAGAAGAGAAAGAUGGAUCGGCGCAGCUCAGGGGAACUAGCCAGCCUGUGCAAUCCAAUUUCGAGCACCACCCAAUUCAAGUGCAGCUGCAUCGGUAUGAAUUUGAAACGCCCAAGGGAAGAUGAGAUCGUCUUGACCACAGCCCUAUGCAAAAGACCCAGGUGAUAAUUAUUAUCCAAACAUUUCUAUGAUAAGUUUAAUGUAAAAAUCGAUGUGUGGGUCCCACUGUGAUGUUUUAAUGACGUCCAAUCCAUCCAUCAUGUGCACCCCCAAAAAUCUGGCUGCUCAAAGCUCAGGUUGGCCGCACCAUGUAAAAUCAUGCCUUAAAUGUAUUGUGGCCCACCUGAGUUUUGGAAUUGCCUGAUUUGUUGGGUGUCCAUUCAUCCUGGUUGGACACAUCUUGGAAAUGGAUUAGAUGGCAUGUACAAAACAUGGUGAUCCCAAAAUACAAUCUGAAAGGUUUUUAAUGUUGGGUGUUCCCAUCCCAACUGUUCCCUGUGGUGUGGCCCACAUGGCUUUUGGAUUGGCCAGAUUUGUUGGGACUAAGGAUACCAUUAGGAGAACACUCAGAUGAAUGGAUUUGAUGUCAUUAAAACAUCCCAGUGGGCCCCACACAGAUCUGUACAUUAAGUUUAACGUAGAAACCUUUGUAUUGGAUCCGGCCUCAUGUAUGAUGAAAUUCCAAGAGAAGAUGUGAGAUCUCUCUUUCCUGUAUAGAUGAUGAUAAUUGUAUGUUUUGUUUUGAAUCUGUGCAAAUGAGAAUACGUCCACGCUUUCCAUCGUCCCAUGGAGAGUUUUGCUGAGCGCA